AUGACAUCGGAAAGUAAUAAAAAAGAUUCGGCGUGGCAAUAUGCCCAUUUGGUGAAGGAGAAUAAUUUAAACAAGUUCGAGUGUAAUUUUUGUGGUAAAGUAUCAAAUGGAGGUGUUUAUCGAGUGAAACAACACCUCGCGGGAGGUUUUAAGAAUGUCACUGCUUGCUCGAAGUGUCCAGCUCAUGUAAGAGAAGAGACUAGAGAGUUCAUGUCAAAAAAGAAGACACAAAAAGAAGAAAUGAACAUGUUACCUGAUUUCGAUGACAUGGACAUGGAAGAUGAAGAUGAGGAUGAUGAUGUUGUUGAGAUCAAUGUCAAUCAACGCCGUAAGUUGACACGUAGCAGCCAAGGUUCAUCCAAAUCCAAAUCAAAAAUGUCAAAGAGAAAAGGGCCCAUGGAUGUUUACUUCACACCCAAUCCUGAAUCAGUGAUGAAAAAUCAAAGAGACCAAGCAAAAGGAAAGCAAACCAAAAUUGAUGCAAAUGAUCCUUACAAAAAAGACAUGAGAGCUCAGGCAGUGCAAAGAUUUGCAAGGUGGAUGUAUGAUGCUGGUAUCCCUGUUAAUGCAGUAAAUUAUGAGAGUUUUGGACCAAUGAUUGAAGCCAUUGGGCAAUAUGGUCCUGGUAUGAAGCCACCAACUUACCAUGAAAUGCGGGUUACCCAACUCAAAAAAGAAGUGAAACAUACUAAAGAUUUGAUGAAGAAUCAUAAAGAGGAUUGUGCAAAAUACAAGUGUUCCAUAAUGACUGAUGGUUGGACUGAUAAGAGAGGAAGGGCAUUGAUUAACCUUUUAGUUAAUUGUCCAAGAGGAACCAUGUUUGUUGAGUCGGUUGAUGCUUCUAGCUAUUCAAAGGAUGGGCAAAAGCUAUUUGAAUUACUAGGCAAGUUUGCGGAGAAAGUUGGAAAAGAUAAUGUGGUGCAAGUUAUCACGGAUAGUGUUGUAGCUAAUGUGUUGGCGGGGAGGUUUUUGGAAGCCAAGUAUGAACACUUGUAUUGGACACCAUGUACUGUUCAUUGCUUGGACUUGAUGUUAGAAGACAUUUUCAAGAUACCUAGAUUGAAAAAGACAUUUGAAAGGGUCUCGGGUCCUCUCGUUAAAGUGCUUAGAUUGGUUGAUACCGAGAAGAAACCUCCCAUGGGAUACAUUUAUGAGGCAAUGGAUAGGGCAAAAAAAUGCAUUGCAAGUUCAUUUGAUCAUAAAGAAGAGAGGUAUAAUGAAAUUUUCGAAAUCAUUGACAAAAGAUGGGAUGUCCAAUUGCAUCGGCCUUUACAUGCAGUUGCGCACUUUCUUAACCCAGAAUUCUUUUACCCAAGAGCAUUACAGCUUCAUAGCAAGAAAAGAAAUAAAUUGGAACGUCUCAAUGAUUUAGUGUUUGUCAAAUAUAACAAAACAUUGAGAUUUAGUUAUGACAUGUGCAACACUGUUGAUCCCAUAUCUUUGCAAAAUAUUGAUGAAACCAAUGAGUGA